AGGUUGGGGACGGGGGUCCUACCUCUAAGACCACUCUGUCUGGGGAACAUGGCCGCUGGAGCGAAGCUAAGAGGUAAGAAGAGGAUCUCUGUCUGUGACUGUUGUCCAUCUCAGGGCUCAGCAGUGAUACAUCAUGACUCCAUCAUUAGUCUGAGUAAAAGCUGUGUGUGUGUUGAAGCCCAGAGCAGCAGCAGAGAGCAGACUCCCCUGGACCCAGCAGUGUCUCCAGGAAGAGUGAAUGGUUUAUGGAUAGAAUGAAAUACUUUGAACCAAGAGUCCAGCAGGAGAGAGCAGACUCACCUGGACCCAGCUGUGUCUCCAGGAAGAGUGACUGGCUUAUGGAAAGAAUUAAAUUCUUUGAACCAAGAAGAGUCCAGCAGGAGAGAGCAGACUCACCUGGACCCAGCUGUGUCUCCAUGAAGAGUUACCACUCUAUGGAAGAACCUUGGACAUUUAAAGAUGGAAUUCAGUCUAUUGAGAAGAGAAGAGUCCAGCAGCAAAGAGCAGACUCCCCUGGACCCAGCUGUGUCUCCAUGAAAAGUGACCACUCUAUGGAUCAUCAGCCUUACUUUAAAGAUGGACGCCCCUCCAGAGUGGAGAGGCAACCCCACCAGUGGUCAAAGGUUACCAGUGCUCAGUCUGUACAGCAGCAUCAAACAGAGCUGAUCAAGAGGGCUGAGGAGAACGCACACGCUUUCCUAGACAAGGAGCUGAAGAAGCUCUGGAGGGUUAUCUACCCAGAUUACCAACAAUGCUCAGAGGGUCAGAGAGUGUUGGAGGAGGAGGAGGAUGGUAAGAACGAGGAGCAGAGGAGGCGCGCCGUAAAGGGAGUGGUGGACAUCACAAAGCUCUGCCUGAUGGAGAUGAACCAGGAGGAACUGGCAGAAACACUGUGGAGAAGAUCUGCUGCUGUCGAUUGCCAAAAUAAAAUGAAGUCUCAUUUGAGGGAGAAGUUCAGUCGUGUGUUUGAGGGAUUUGCUGAAGCAGGACAGCCAACAGGCCUGAAUGACUUCUACACAGAGAUCUUCAUCACAGAGAGAGGCAGUGGAGAUGUCAACAAGGAACAUGAGGUCAGACUGAUUGAAACAGCUUCCAGGACACCAGCCAAGGAGGAAACACCAAUCAAAUGUGAUGACAUCUUUAAACCCUUAACUGGACAAAAACAACCAAUCAGAACAAUAAUGACAACUGGAGUGGCCGGCAUUGGUAAAACCAUCUUAACACGCAAGUUCACUCUGGACUGGGCUGAGGGCAAAGCCAACCAGGACAUACACUUCACAUUUCUCUUAACUUUCAGAGAGCUGAAUUUACUAAAAGGGAAAGAGUUUAGCUUGGUGGAACUUCUUCAUCAGUUCUUUAUUGAGACCAAAGAAGCCGGAAUCUGCAGAUUUGACGUGUUCCAAGUUGUCUUCAUCUUGGAUGGUAUGGAUGAGUGUCGACUUCCUCUUGACUUCCAGAACAACCCGAUCUGGAUUGAUGUCAAAGAGCCGUCCUCGGUGGACGUGCUGCUGACAAACCUCAUCAGGGGCAACCUGCUUCCCUCCGCUCACAUCUGGAUAACCACACGCCCUGCGGCAGCCAAUCAGGUCCCUGCUGAGUGUGUUGACCAGGUGACGGAGGUGAGAGGGUUCACCGACCCACAGAAGGAGGAGUACUUCAGGAAAAGAUUCAGAGAGGUGACACUGGCCAGCACAAUCAUCUCCCACGUCAAGGAAUCACGAAGUCUCCACAUCAUGUGUCACAUCCCAGUCUUCUGUUGGAUCACUGCUACAGUUCUGGAGGACAUCUUCAAAAAAUCCCAGAUAGCAGAGGUGCCCAAGACCGUGACUCAGAUGUACAGCCACUUCCUGAGGGUUCAGUCCGUACAUGGAGGCAGGAAGUACCAUGGGAGAGCUGAAACAGAUCCAUACUGGGGUCCAGAGAACAGGAAGAUUAUUGUUUCUUUGGGAAAACUGGCUUUUAAUCAGCUUGAGAAAGGCCACCUGAUCUUCUACGAGGCAGACCUGGCAGAGUGUGACAUCAAUAUCCGAGCAGCCUCAGUGUACUCAGGAUUAUUCACUGAGAUCUUUAAAGAGGAGCGUGGGCUGUACCAGGACAAGGUGUUCUGCUUUGUCCAUCUGAGCAUCCAGGAGUUUCUGGCUGCCCUUUUUGUCUUUAUGUCCUUCAUCAACAAUGGGGCCAAUCUGCUCUCAGGACAACGAAAAUCCCUGAGGUCUAUUCUUGUUUGUAACAAACAAACAGAAAAAAGGAAGCUCAAACUCUACCAGAGUGCUGUGGACAAGUCCUUACAGAGUGUGAACGGACACCUGGACUUGUUCCUCCGCUUCCUCCUGGGCCUCUCUCUGGAGACCAAUCAGAUUCUCCUACGAGGUCUGCUUGGAGAGACAGGAAAAGUUCAUGUAAGCUCAUGUACCAAUGAGGAAACUGCGUCUUACAUCAAGGAGAAGAUAGGUGGAAAUCUCUCCUCAGAGAGAAGUAUCAAUCUGUUCUACUGCUUGAAUGAGCUAAAUGACCGUUCUCUAGUGAAGGAGAUCCAACAGUCCCUGACAUCAGGAAGUCUCUCCGGAGAAUCUCUCUCCCCUGCUCAGUGGUCAGCUCUGGCCUUCAUCCUACUGACAUCAGAAGAGGAGAUGGACGUGUUUGACCUGAAGAAAUACUCUGCUUCAGAGGAGGGUCUUCUGAGGCUGCUGCCAGUGGUCAAAGCCUCCAAAACAUCUCUCCUAAAUGGCUGUAAUCUGUCAGAGAGAUGCUGUGAAGCUCUGGCCUCAGUUCUCAGCUCCAACUCCUCUAGUCUGAGAGAGCUGGACCUGAGUAACAAUGAUCUGCAGGAUUCAGGAGUGAAGCUGCUCUUUGCUGGACUGGGGAGUCCACACUGUACACUGGAAACUCUCAGGCUCAAUGGCUGUCAUCUGUCAGAGAGAUGCUGUGAAAGUCUGGCCUCAGUUCUCAGCUCCAACUCCUCGAGUCUGAGAGAGCUGGACCUGAGUACCAAUGAUCUGCAGGAUUCAGGAGUGAAGCUGCUCUCUGCUGGACUGGGGAGUCCACACUGUACUCUGGAAACUCUCAGCCUGAAUGGCUGUCAUCUGUCAGAGAGAUGCUGUGAAGCUCUGGCCUUAGUUCUCAGCUCCAACUCCUCUAGUCUGAGAGAUCUGGACCUGAGUACCAAUGAUCUGCAGGAUUCAGGAGUGAAGCUGCUCUCUGCUGGACUGGGGAGUCCACACUGUACACUGGAAACUCUCAGGCUCAAUGGCUGUCAUCUGUCAGAGAGAUGCUGUGAAGCUCUGGCCUCAGUUCUCAGCUCAGACUCCUCUAGUCUGAGAGAGCUGGACCUGAGUUCCAAUGAUCUGCAGGAUUCAGGAGUGAAGCUGCUCUCUGCUGGACUUGGGAGUCCACACUGUACACUGGAAACUCUCAGGUUGUCUGGCUGCCUGGUCACACAGGAAGGCUGUGCUUCUCUGGCCUCAGCUCUGAGCUCCAACCCCUCCCAUCUGAGAGACUUGGACCUGAGCUACAAUCACCCAGGAGUCUCUGGAGCUGCGCUGCUCUCUGCUGGACUGGAGAAUCCACGCUGGAGGCUGGACACUCUCAGUGUGGAGCACGGUGGAGUGUGGAGGCUGAAAACAGCUCUAUACAAGUAUUCACCGUCAAAAGUGGAAAGCAGUAGCUCAGGGAUGAGUCUCAACAAAGACAUAGCAAGCACGUUUUUGAUGGACAGGGAUGAUGAUGAGGGGAUGCACUUCAAGUCACAUUGUGAAGAAUGUAAAGCAGCUCAGCAGAGUCCUGAUUAUGAGAAGGUUACCCCAAGAAAGAUGUCUAAGUGGAGCUUCGAGGUACAGCUGGAAGGCGAGGGGACCUAUGAGUGUUCGUCUACAGGUCUGGUGUUUGAAGUAUCGGAGCAGGCUCUGAUCAGCUACUCGGUCCUGUCCUGGUUCCAAUUCUCUGAGUGCCUCAAGAACUCCUGGAGACCUGCUGGAUCGAUUUAUGAUGUGCAUGUGGUCGACAAGGAUCCAUCCCUGCUCAAGUUUAUCCAUUUCCCCCACUCUUUGUGCCUUGCUGAACCUGAGCAUGAGCAGAGCUUCAGUGUUCUGCAUGUAAAGAAACGCCAUGACAACAUUGAGUCGACGGUGGACUUCACGGCGAGCCAUGUUAAAUGGCGCGUGUCCUCGCUUUCUCCCGUGGGUGUCAUCAUUCCGAGCAGUCAGCAUGUGGAGCACCAGCCAUCACCAAACCACGGUUUGGUGAUGGUUUACAAGGAGCUGGGCCACAAAAAAUAUUUUGUGUUUUUGUCCUUGAACACCCUGUCUGAGAUCAAGGCUAUUGAAGAACAGGUGCUCAUUUCCAGGAAGAAGGGCUUCAAGAUUACAGAAACAUUCAAACAUUUCACCUGUAGGCUGGAAGAAAAGUUCUACUACCUCGAAAGUGAGCCAGAAGGACAGAUUGAUCCCCCGAAUCUAGAAUUCACCACUGCAGUGUUAGCGUUGAAAGGCUUAUUUGUAGCACGCUUCGGGAAUCUUCCUCCUUUCAAAUUGUUUCUCAAGGACACAGACUGUGACCAACCUUUUUUGAAUGUUACAAUCAGAGAAGAUGAUUGGCCCAGCGAGGAGAGACCAGGUCUAUGGAAUUCUAUUUUACGCUUUUUAAUCCGUUUUUUCUACAAUGGCUACAUUGUAUGCAGUGGAAUGACCGUUCCAGCAACAUUCAGCCCUCCAGCUACCUCCAGUGCAACACAGCCUGUAGCAAAGGAGCUUUUGAGGAUCCGUCGUGAAUUUGUGAACAGAGCUUUAGACCCACUUAUCAAAGGUCUCCUGGAUGACCUUUAUCAUCAUGAAGUCCUCAAUUCUGAGGAAAAGGACUCUGUGAUGAACCAGAAGGACAAAGCGGACCGGGCACGUGAACUGAUCGACAUGGUGGUAAACAAAGGACCGGAAGCAAGUCAGAAGAUGAUUGAUUCUAUGAAGGAUAGGGACAGUCACUUAUGCUCAACCUUGGGUCUGAUCUCUUCUCCUACUGGUUAGGGAUUGCUGAGUUGUACAUAUGAGCGACUUCUACAAUUUUAAAGAUAUUGUCACUGCCCGCUUUGUUUUGACCAUACGUGACAUUUAUUGAGUAAUUGUUGAACAGAUGUUUAGAAUAGGACCUCCUGCCUCUACUAGGAAGGAGGUCCCCAUGUGUUCCCCUGAUACCUCCUCUACCCAGGUACCUUUUACAUAUUUUUAAGUAAUGUUGGUAUUGUUGUGAUCACAUAGUUUGUAAAUCAAGCUGACAUAAUGCCAGAGAUUUGAUUUUUUGCUUAUCUUGACAUUUUAAAUAAUCCUCUAACAAGCACAAUUGGUAUUCAGGUAUUUUUAUUAUACAGUUUCCCCAAAAGUCAGCUGGUAAUGGGUCCCAUGGUUUGGGUCAACAUUGACCCUUCAGUUGAUUCAUGUGUAACAUAAUUUAUGGUUUCACUCAUGGCUCUAAGAUCCUGCGAGUAGAAAUGUGAGCUCAGGUUCUUUUAGAACGGUGGAAGCAUGUAUUCCUUAUAGUGAGUAGAGGGCCUGAAAUCUGUAGACCGUAGCGUAUUAAUUUAGUAGACUGGAAGUAGGAGCUAUUUAGGAAUCAUUGUAUUGAAGAAUAAAUAAUGGUUGUUAA